AAGUGGUCUGCAGGUCGCGAGGUCAGAGAGUAAAGGCUCUUUCGGCUGGUGCUACACACAGCCAUCUUGGAUCUAACGAAGCGAAGUGAAAUUAAUGCGGUGACCAAAAAAAAAAAAGCAUGUUUGGUUCUAGAAAACCCUUUCCAGAUUUCGGCGACGGAGUCGACAACGACUUGGCUGAUGACAUGUACUACAACCAGUCCAUGUUCCACAGGUCGGACAAAGAUAUGUUGUCCUCUCCUUCGCCAUCGUCGUCCAGCCAGUUGUCGCAGCUCGGUGUGAGUUUGUACGGUCCACAAAGUGCAAUCGGCUUCCCAGUAAGGAACAUGGGAAACAGUACGCCUCAGUUAAACCGAAAUCUAACACAAGGGACGCAGCUAGCAAGUCACAUCACCCCAACAACGGGUGUCCCCUCCAUGUCCCUACACACCCCUUCCUCGCCAAGCAGGGGAACAAUAUCGAGAAACAUCCUAAACCACUCUCAGGUUGGACAGGGCAUUGGGUUAACCGGCAGGACCAGCAGCAUGGGCAGCUCAGGGCUGGGAAGUCCGAACCGCAGCUCACCCAGCAUCAUCUGUAUGCCCAAACAGCAGCCAGCGCGCCAGCCCUGCACCAUCAACAGCAUGUCAGGAUUUGGUAUGAACCGCAAUCAAGCUUUUGGGAUGAACAAUUCAUUAUCGAGCAACAUCUUCAAUGGCACAGAUGGGAGUGACAAUAUAAUGGGCCUGGAUCUGUCAGACUUCCCCGCAUUAGCAGACCGGAGUCGGAGAGAAGGGACUGGAAAUCCAACACCGGUGCUGAACCCGCUGGCUGGACGCGCUCCUUAUGUUGGCAUGGUAACAAAGCCAUCGACUGAUCAGACACAAGACUUCUCCAUACAUAACGAGGACUUCCCCGCACUGCCUGGGCCAAAUUACAAAGACCCCACACUCAACAACGAUGACAGCAAAACUAACUUGAACUCCACAAGCAAGAGCACAUCCAGCACAGAUGGUCCGAAGUUCCCUGGAGACAAGACGACCUCGGCACAGAACAACAACCAGAAGAAAGGGAUCCAGGUGUUGCCCGAUGGUCGGGUGACAAACAUUCCCUCAGGAAUGGUAACGGACCAAUUCGGCAUGGUGGGCCUGCUGACGUUUAUCCGAGCCGCAGAAACCGACCCGGGGAUGGUGCAUCUGGCGCUCGGAAGUGACCUCACAACACUGGGACUCAACUUAAAUUCACCAGAAAACUUGUAUCCAAAGUUCGCCUCUCCCUGGGCUUCUGCACCAUGUCGACCUCAAGACAUCGAUUUCCAUGUUCCGUCGGAGUAUUUAACCAACAUCCAUAUAAGGGACAAGUUAGCUGCAAUUAAGUUGGCUCGAUACGGUGAAGACCUGCUGUUCUACCUGUACUACAUGAACGGAGGGGACCUGCUUCAGAUCCUGGCAGCUGUGGAGCUCUUCAACCGGGAUUGGAGAUACCACAAAGAGGAGCGGGUUUGGAUAACACGGGCGCCCGGCAUGGAGCCCACCCUCAAGACCAACACCUAUGAGAGAGGCACCUACUACUUCUUCGACUGUCUUAACUGGAGGAAAGUAGCCAAGGAAUUUCAUCUGGAAUAUGACAAGCUGGAAGAGAGGCCUCACGUGCCGACAACGUUCAACUACAAUCCAGCCCAGCAGGCCUUCUAAGGCCCAACCAGUCCAAAGGCUGCAGCUGUUCCUGAACACAGCACUGCUGUCCAGGAGGGGGCGCUGUGACGCACACAGCUGGGGUUUUUAUUCCUGGAGGAUUUGGCUAACCGACUGCAGGGGUUGUCGACGUCGUCAUCAAUAAAACUGUCCUGCCUUUCUGAAUUUACAUUCUGCCCGAAAAACACACUUGUUCCGUUUUUAUUCUGUGUUCCCGUUUUUUGUUGUUUUUUUUUCUUGUUUUUUUUCUUUGUCUUUUGAGCAGGGUCUGUGUUAUGUUUACGUCUCUGAACCUGAAGCCUGUUUACUACCAGAGAGGAGGACAAAACCGUGUGAUGCGGGACUAUGACAGAACAUAGGUUUCACCUUUUAAUUACAGCAAGUGUUCAGAACACAAAACGGUGGGAAAAAAAGAAGCAAAGUUGACAUCCUCAAACACAAGUGAAAGGGUGAAAGAAAUGCAAUGUUUAUUGUUGCACUAUAUUUAGUAAUAAAAGAACACAAAAUUUGUUUGUGCUUUUUUAUAACACUCCCAUCACACAUUUUCCAUCUUUUGUUGUUUUUUUUUUUGUCUCGGAUUUGAUUUCUGUGUACUUUCCUUCAUCGUGUUCCAUCAAACUACAUCGCUUCCUCUGACUGCUGUAGUUGCUCCACCCGACACUUUUCUGCAUCUCUCUCCGUUUGACUUCUGUGCCAGCAAAACAUGGACGUAAAACCCUGCAAGGCGACUUCAGUCUCCACAAUCGUGGGGAAAUCCUCGCAGAGGCGGAACAAAUAACACAACUUUGCUCGAGAGCAAGCAAAACACUUUCCAGUCUUUGUUACUAUUUUUGUAAAAAAAAAAAAAAAAAGUGUACAUUUUGGUUUUUUGCAUCACAUAAGACUAUAUGUACGAAUGUGUAUAUAUGAUUGCUACAUAUAUAUAUGUCUGUAUAUAUAAAUAUAUAUAUCUAUAUGAUAUCUAUUUUGAGAGAAAUUUUGCCCUGCCUUGUACCUCGUUUUUUUUAUGAGGCGAGCAUGGAUAUGUGGAUGUAAUGAAUUUUCUGAAACUGCUGGACAGGGUGUCAUUUUGGCACUGUGGGCACUUACAUCAAAGUAAUUAAUAAAACAUCAAUAACGGAAAGGCCUAAAUCUCACUUUUCCCAGUUCGAAAGGAAAGACAGAAGUGUAAGGAGCGAUCUCUGUAGUUGCAGGCCAAAGUAAAAGAAGGGAUCCAUUUUAAUUCAGGCAGUAGUGAACACUAUUUCAUAGGGAAAUGAGAAAACUUGGAUUUGCCUAAAAAGAAUCGAAACCAGUCUUGUAUUUUUUGAAGUCAAAGCUUCUUUCCUUUGUAUUAAAGCAGACACGGCUUUCCUGAA